GGCAAAUGGAAAAAUCGUAAAUAACAUUGCAACUGCAGCAGCUCUAGCGAAAACUAUGUGAAAAAUCAGUUGAAAUUGUUUUAAUUGUAAAAGUGCAAUGCAUUUAGUGACGUCCCAUGGGGCAAUAAAAUCGUGUUCUUGUUAUCUCUAAGCAUACAUAGCACAUAUGUAUAUAUAUAGAUGUAGGCAUGGUGGAGUCUAAAAAAUUUGGCAAUUUGGAGGCCUACACAUAUCUCCUUGUGACGCUAAAUUUAACGCUAGCRCUAGUUGUAAUGUUUUUCAAUUGUCUGUGCUGCAAAAAAAGGAUACCAAAAAAUGAUAUGCUCGGCCUCGAGGGCAUGGUGAAGCUGAAGAACCCCGAUGAAAUAAUUGUGGUCACUAGCAACAAUGCAAAUUCAAUUGCGAUUGCGGCAGCGACAAGCAACAGCCUGGUAAACAAUAGUGAGUCACAAGCAGAGCUAAAUGCCUCAACAGUCUCGAAUGCUGACUCAGAAAAGAGAUCUAGCACAGCGGCGCAUCGCAGCUUGCCCGACAUACCCGUGGCGGAGAGCAACGACAAUGGCUCUGAAUUGUAUGAAACGGUUGCCGACAAGCAGCUGGCCAAUGCGCAUAAUCAAAGUCCACAGCCCAGUUUGAAAAAGCAAACGAGCGUGUCGCAGCACAGCUCCAUUAGCCAGGCGGAUGAUGUGAGCUCGCCGUAUUCGCGUGUUAAGGGCUUGCCGCAUGAUUAUGCCAAAGUGCGUGCCACCGAGCAUCCAUAUGCCCAACUCAAUGCACCGUCCACCUCCAGCUCAGCUGUAGCAGCAACAGCAAAAGCUUCCAGCAGCAAAGCUGCCUGUUCACAGCAUGGAACCGACUCACUGCAGCGUGGCUCACAGCUCAACGGCGACUCAACACAGCACCUGAACGAUGAGUCGACGUCCCAGGUAGAAAUACCGGCAGCAUCAGCUAUUGCGGGCAUGAUUUCGGCCAGUCAGGAUCUUCCUUAUAUGACGCCACCCAUUGCAAAUCAACAUUUUAGUGGCGAUUCACAAGACUCUUCCAAGGGCUACACGAGCAUAAGCGUCCGCGAGCCGUUGGCCAAUAUUCUGGCCCAGCAGCCGCCAACUAAGCAGACGGCUAGGAAAACAACGCUGACGCGAGACGUUAAUGACUCGCACUAUGCAACUGUCUCCGACGAUUCAGAUGAAACCUAUGCGGCUAUUGAGGAUCCCAAUAACCGUCAUAUUCCAAACGCCACCGAUAUUUAUACAAGCGGCUCAGAGACCUAUGCACAAAUACAGCCGAUGCAGGCUAAUCCCAUCGUAGUGGCCGUUGAGAUCAACAGCAGCAGUAGCUUGGCGGCAACGAGUGCUGCGGUAUCUAACAGCGGCCCAUUGAAUCACAGCUCUGGCUCUGGGUCGGCACACCGAGUCAGCAGCAACAGCAUGGAUCACGCAGUGCCCGUUCCUCCGCAUAUGGACAGUCUGCGCGCACAAAUGCAUUCUCGGCAAGCAUCUUCCUCGUCCUCUGUGUGCAAUUUGGGAUCGCCCAAGCCAGAGAAAAGACAGGCGAAUUCACCGUUGCCACCGACGCCGAAGGCAAGUCUGAGUCAGUCGCAGGGCUUACAUCAUCUCCACUCAGCAGCGAGCAGUAGCAAUCUUACAUCCGGGCGCAGCUCUGUUAUCUCUGUAAUAGAAGCCGGAGGCGAGGGCAACAUCGAUUCGAAUGAUGUGAUCAAUACAUCUCCACAGCGCAAGCACAGCAAGAGUCUAAGUCCAUCCAAAGAUGCUGAGGGCAAUAGAAACAUCGAGGGCAUGUACGCCAAGGUCAUGAAAAAGCACAAGUUCUCCUCCCAUCAGCCCGAGAUGCUUGGGGUGAGUCCCUUGGAUAGUGCGGCCGCGGCGCUUCUAAUGGACUCACAAGCUCCAGGCGCUGACAAGAGUCGCUUACGCAGCAAUAGCUAUACCGCUAAGGAUCACGGGUACGAGACGAUACCCGCGGAUGGCCAGAAGCAAGCGCAAAACCAGCUUCCACACGAGAAUCGCAAGUCGGACUGCUAUGCGGCUAGCAUGCUGCAAAAGGAGCGCCAACAGGAAGCAGCAGCUGGGGGUCAGACGCAUCCCAACAACAGCAGUAGCAUCAGCGUUCAGGUUAAAUCUAGUUCGCCCAGCACCAGCACAAAGCACUACGAGACUAUAAACUGCCCACCGUGUCCGAAACCAAACAGCAACGAUCCUGGCUACGAGCAGCUGCAGACGGCGCCCAACGAUGAUGAUGCAAAGAAGUCGGACUAUGAUCCCAACUAUGAGGUGCUGAAGAGUCGCGCCCACUCUGAUGACGGCUAUGCCAAAGUGCUGGAAAAGAAGCCGCCGCCCGACGAUGUUGUGGAUAGCAGUGGCGUCUACAGCACCAUACCUGGCGCCGAUGCGAAUCACAACUAUGCCAGCAUCUUGGAGACAAAGGCGCAUCUGGUAGCGGUGCCCAAUGAGACGGAUCACUAUGCACGCAUUGCGGAGACCGUGACGCUCGCGUCGCCCCUCACGCCCAAUUCAUCGUCCAUGGCGAACAGCUUGUCCAUGAUCACCGUGACCACCAGCACCAGCAUGAGCUCACAACAGACGGUCAGCUCCUCGCAGUAUGAAUCGCUGACAGGCACGGGCAGCGAAACAGAUCCCAACUACGAGUCGGUUUGCUAUCUAAAUGCCACAACAACAACAACAACCACAGCGACGGCAUCGACAACAACCAACAACAGCAGCAACAACAGCAACAGYAACAGCAGCAGCAGCAACAUGGAUCACGGCUAUGAGCGCCUCGAGUCGGACAACAAUACGCAGGCGAACAGCCCGCUGAGUACGCCCAGUGAGCAGCAGCUGGUGGUGGAUGAUUACUUUCAGGUGUAGCUAUAACAACAGUGGGGCUGCAUGCCGUAGAGAGCUGGAUCUCGUUGAACUAUAUUCACAAAGCACACACACUUACAUACAGACACAGACACAAAGAGACGCACACACACACCCUAGCAUUUUGUUUUGCUUAGCAAUAGUUUUUAUUUUUCUUAACGCACAUAUCACAUUGGAUGCACAGCAGCAAAGAUGGAGACAAAGAAUAAAUCUUGGAUAAGCGUGUGUUGCAUGCGUUUUAUGCAGCUCCAUAUCGGCUCGCACUUUAGACCUAGUCUAGCACUAAGUUAUAUAAAUAGCAUGAACUUUAUGUACAAAGUAUUUGUAUGUUAAGCUCGAUAAUACGUGCAAGCGGCGUAUAAGCCCAUAUGCUCUCAUGUCUUAUAUCUACGUAUAUAUCUAUAUACAUAUAUAUAGGUAUGUACGGCUACAUACUAUAUAAUACAAAUACCAGUGCGUCCUAUUUUAUUUAAAUUGAAUGCAAGAACAAAGGCGAGGCGAUUUCAAUUGAUUAGAGCCACGCAGAUAAAGCAGAAAGAGAUAUUGAAUAACGC